CUCCAUUUUUCUCUAUAAAACAUCUCCUUUUCAUUCUGGUAUUAGAAAACAUACAGCUUAACUAAGUUCAAAUCAUCAUAAAAAAGCUUCCACCUUUUGAUUUUUCCCUUCUUUUUCUAUCUAUUUUUUUAGUUAGUUUUGGUUUUUGGAGUUGUUGGUGGUUGAUGAUAUUUCAUCUUCAAUCUCUUCUUCUUGUAUCAAUGCACCACUUUUUUUUAUUCUUUUUUUUUUCUUUGAAAGAAUGUUCUCUCCAAUUCAGAAUGUGACAAAUGAACCAGAUUUUAGGGGGGCUGUUUGUGGACUUUGAUGUGUUGAAUGAGGAAUUGUUUUUUUGCAAGUAAUGAAGGGUGUGGAGGAACAAUUGAAGGAGAUGAAGAAUGAUGGGAGAUCAUGUAUUUUGGUUGGUGUUCAAAUUGAUGCAAAUGGGAGAGAGUUACUUGAUUGGGCAUUGAGCAAAAUUGCGAAGAAAGGUGACAGAAUUGUCGCCGUUCAUGUUUGCCGUGAUUCCGACCUUUCGAAUACUACGACGCUUUCUUUGAUCAAACAAAUCGAUGAUUAUUUAGCUGUGUAUGAAGGCCUUUGUAGCUUGAAACAAGUAGUUCUCGUUGGCCGGAUUUCUAGAGGUAAUUCCAUCAGAAGAGUUUUGGUAAGAGAAGCAAAACUGAACACUGCCAAAGCAGUGGUAGUUGGAGCUAACAAGACUUGCAAAUUUGGGGGUUCGGCUUCUGUCGCCAAAUAUUGUGCUAAAAAACUACCUCCAACUACUACUCUAAUUGCGCUUCAAAAUGGAAAGAUCAUAUUAGAAAAGGGUGCCGCAAAGCUCCCUCCAGGACAAGAGCAGAAGACGAAUCUCCGAAGUAUAUUACAUCCAAGUAUUGGUAUGGAUCCAAAAGUGAUAAUUCCAAGUAGCAAAAAUAAGAGUGUUCUGGAUGAUCGAUGCGUGGUCGAUCGCGAACCGCAGCUGAUGCCUGGUUGGCCUCUUCUCCGAAAAACAGUCUCUGCAAACAUCGAAACUGUAAAAGAUAAUCGAGCGAGGAAAAUGUCUGUUGUUCAGUGGGUUAUGAACUUACCAGAUAGGUCUCUGCCAGCAAUUCAGUCUCCUGAAGAUGCCGAAAUUGUUCAUAACCAUUCAAUUGAUCUUAAGAAGGAGUUGGAAAUUGUACUUGGAAUGAAUCCAUGUUCUUCUUGCAAAUGGUUUACAUACGAUGAACUCCGUAUUUCUACUGACUAUUUCUCUUCAGAUAAUUUGAUUGGAAAAGGAGGCAACAGCAGAGUAUACAAGGGAUGUCUCUCAAAUGAUCAACUAGUUGCGAUAAAAGUAUCAAAAUUAUCUGCAGAAUCAUUGAAAAAUUUUCUCUUGGAAGUAGAUAUCAUCACCUCACUUCAACACGAUAACAUCGUACCUUUGAUCGGAAUCUGCAUCGAUGAAACUCGCCUUCUCUCUGUUUACAGUUACUUCUCUGAAGGAAGUUUAGAGGAAAACCUCCACGGCCAAAAAGCUAAGCAUUCACUUUCAUGGGACAUGAGAUACAAGAUUGCAAUUGGAGCAGCAGAGGCUUUAAGCUUCAUUCACAGUGAUUUUUCUAGACCAGUAAUUCAUAGAGAUGUUAAAUCGUCGAACAUCCUUCUUUCGAAUGAAUUUAAGCCUCAGUUGUCAGAUUUCGGGUUAGCUCUGUGGGCACCGAAAAAUUCUUCAUAUUUGACACAUAACGAUGUUGUCGGGACUUUCGGGUACCUUGCGCCGGAGUAUUUUAUGUAUGGGAAAGUUAGUGAUAAGAUCGAUGUAUAUGCAUUUGGUGUGGUUUUACUUGAACUAUUAACAGGGAGAAAGCCGAUAAAUGAUGAGAACCCGAAGGGUCAAGAGAGUUUAGUUAUGUGGGCGAAGCCGAUACUAGAGAAAGGCGAAAUGACACAAUUGUUGGAUCCGAAACUAGAGGGUAAGUUCAAUGAGGAUCAAGUGCAAAGAAUGGUAUUAGCCGCGUCUCUUUGUAUCAAUAGAACAGCACGGUUAAGACCGGAGAUGAACCAGAUAUUGAGACUCUUGAGAGGUGAUCAAGAAGUCGAGGAAUGGAUGAAUGCUCAAUUCAAAAACAAUGACAAUGACUUGGAUUGCCAAGAUGAAGAAACGUAUCCUGCUUCGAGCUUUGGCUCACAUUUAGGCCUUGCAUUGCUCGAUAUAGAUGACGAUGCAUCGGUCACAAGUUAUGAGCAACAUAAUAUUAGCUCAUGGGAGGAUUACUUGAAAGGGAGAUGGAGCCGAUCUUCGAGUUUCGAAUAAACUACUCCAUUGCUACAAUUUUAAACAGCAAAAACUUUUUUUUUUUUUUUGGGUUGGAUUCUUAAUUUUUUAAAUUUGAGAAUCUUUGGCUUGAAAGCUUUGUACAGUGAGACCCUAAAUAGAUAACAGAGUCUCUUUUGUUUUUGUUUGCAAGGGAUGUAUGGAUAUGAAUAAUGAGGGAAUUAUAUAAUGGAAGAACAAUACAUAAUGCAUUUUGUUCU